AUGACCACAGAAACUCUCCCCAACAUCUCCUCCCUCAUCCUCUCCCCCACCCACCCCUCCCCCACCUACCCCAUUGCCCGUCCCCCCCGUCUCCGGGGCGAAGCCCGCUGGACCGCCCUCUGCGCGCGCCGCUGGAACCUGCACGUCGCCCAGCACCCUUUCCCCAUCCGUCCCACCCCCCUCUCCCCAACCGAAGGCUACGCCCUCGAUCACGUGCUAACGCUCAUCUCCCUCCACUACACCUACUUACACGAGAGCGGGACUCGAGACUUCUCUGACGCCGAGGUAAAGGAGCGUUUAAACGACCUGAUCACCAUGUGUUUUGAGAGUUUCUACAUCCGGGCGCAGCUUGAAGAAGCGGGGGUUGCUGAGAGGGAUGAGAGGGGGGAGGUGAGGGAGGUGUAUGAGUGGUUGGAGUGGUUGGAUGGGGAGUUGGGGAAUGGACCGCAUAUGAUGUUGUUUUUUGGGGAGAAGUGA